AUGGAUAACGCAAUGUCUAUGACACGGCUUCCAGUCACGCAGCUUCGGCCACUGCAUACUCACCAGCAAUGGACGGGGGCAACUCAGCCAAUUAGCUGGAUCAGCUCUGUUGAGCCAAGACCCGAUGAAGAAACCGCCAUCAAGGCAUUUGUGAAGCUUGUGUCUCAUCUUGUCAUUCUUGAUGAGGGGGAAACGUUUUGUAUUCAAGACUCCAAGCGAGGUGGUUUUAUCUUUGCUCAAUAUUCGAGUUCUGAGAAGAAGGAAGUCGAUAGCUUUCGUUUCGUUAAACUUGAGAAUGAUCAAGAUAUUCCAUCCGAUUUCUCUAUUGGUGAAGGCAAGAUCCUUCAACUUCACAUAGGAGAACAACAUGAAGUUCAACUUAAGACGGAUGCCAGUACCAUCCCUGAGGUUGCUCUGAAGGCUCUUGGCUGCAUGCUAGACGACAUUAUUACUGCGGUGCAUCAAGAGCACAACGCAAGCCUUGAAUGGACUCAAACUUCUGUUCUCAACUUUCCCCCACGAUCUGGUCCUCUGUCUCUCGCUCACGAAGAUGAGACUUCAACCGACGAUGGUGCGAAAAGUUCGCUUCUGCAUCACCAGUUUGAGAGGUGUGCAGCUGAGAGACCCGAGAGCGUCGCUAUCGACUAUCUGACGGACCUUGAGAGUGGAAGUCGCGUUAGCUUUACAUAUCGUCAGGUCGCAAAUGCAGCGACAGCAUUGGCAGAGAAGAUUGUGAAAGCCAGUGAAGAGUCGAAACAGUCUCUCAAGACGGUUGCUGUGCUCAUGGGCCCAUGCCCAGAGCUCUACAUCUCCUAUUUGGCCGCUCUGAAGGCGGGAGUAACCUUUUGCCCCAUCGCCAUGGAUGCGCCUAGAGAGAGAAAGGAGGCAUUGGUGGCAGAUUUGAAGCCAUCUGCACUACUUACAACAGUGGCAUUGAUGGAAUCUGAAAUGCCCUCAUUUGUCAACUCCUCGAUGGAGACUAUUGACGUGACUCCUUUCCUCCAUGCAUGCGAUACUGAGGCAGAGCAACAGCCAACGCCGGUAACAAUGAGCGAGACCGACUUGGCCUACAUUCUGUACACAUCAGGAACAACUGGAUUGCCCAAAGGAGUAGCCGUCAGUCAUCUCUCUGCGUCAUGCACCAUCUCUUCCCUGAGCGCCCACUACGGUUUCCCUCGACCAUCCCCCGCAUCCAAGCCUGUCAGGUGGUUUCAAGGCGCUGCACCGACUUUUGACAUCUCCCUCUUUGAGAUCUUUUGGACUCUCAGCACUGGUUCAACGCUCUGUUGUGCACCUCGCGAGUUUACUCUGCAAAACAUCGACAAGGUUGUUACGACUCUGGAAGCUGAUAUCACGAACAUAACGCCUAGCUUCGCCAGCUUGCUUGAUCCCUCUUCAAUCAGCGGACUCAUGGUCGGUGGCGAGACCUUGAACGCUCGACUUCUCCAGAACUUUGCUCCCUACAACCUGACUGCGAAGGAAGAACCCGGCCAAGUACCCAGAGGCAUCUAUAACGGAUACGGACCUACUGAGACGGCUAUUUACUGUUUUGCUCAAGCCCAUGUGCCUGACAACCAACGAGGAUCCGUUAUCGGGACACCAUUAGCGACUUGUGGCGCUCUUAUUGUCCAGCACAAGCCAAUUCUUCAACCUGGCGAGAGCUUGAAGCCUCUCCCCAUGGGCGCAGUCGGAGAACUUGUCAUCACUGGGCCUCAAGUGAGCAGGGUGGGCUACUUGAACCGUCCAGACGAAACAGCUGCGUCAUUCCGAGAUGACCCCCGAUGGGGCCGCGUAUACAAGACUGGUGACAGAGCCAGAAUUGUCUGGGACCAGAGCGGCUCUCCCGUGGUGGAGUUUCUGGGCAGACUCUCUGAUGAUCAAGUCAAGCUCAGUGGGCGACGUGUUGAGUUGGGUGAGAUUGAGAGUGUUCUGGCCAGCAAGGUCCCUGGUGUCAAGGAGACUCUUUCCUGCGUCUGGAAACAGGGUGCAGAAGCAGGUUCGGAGAAGGUCGUUAGCCUGAUUGUCAUUGAUCCAAAGGAUAGCUUCGAGAUUAUCCACCAGGCGUGUUUGGAGACGUCUCAGCAUCAUCUUCCCGACUUCAUGAGACCUUUCAAGAUCUUGCAAGUCGACGCGCUUCCGAGAUCUGCUUCAGGCAAGGCAGAUCGAAAAGCAGCUUUGGCACUGGUCAACGAGAUGUUGAAGACCGACUUUAGUAGCCAAGAGACUUUCCACCGAGACCUACCUCAGAGCAUUGAACCUCUGGCAGAUCCUCAAGAUGCCGAGCUUGAGCAGGAGCUCAUCUCAAUCAUGAGCAAUGUUCUCAGUGACUCGUCUACUUCAAGUCCUGCCAUCACUGCUAAGACAGCCCUCGUCGAGGCAGGUAUUGACAGUCUCCGUGCAAUGAGGAUCCUACGAGACAUCAGGAAGCGCUGGCCAGGGUCCCAAAACCCUCAACUUGAGCCAUCGCUGGCACUACUUCUCGACAACAGCGCCACGGUUCGUUCAGUAUUCUUCCCUGGCAGCCAAGGCCUUGAUACCUCCAUUACCAAGACCAGCAAGCAAGCUAGCACAAGAUCUCAACUUGAAGCAUUCUCCACGAAGCAUACAUCGGAAGUCCUGGACAAACUCAACCUUACCAAGCCCGACAUUGAGAUGAUUUUGCCCGCAACUAGCACACAGAGUCAAUUGGCAGUGAGCUUCGCUAUGGACAAGCGGAACUACAUCAGCCAUACUACGCUCACACUCAAGCCAGGUGUCUCAGUACCAGCUCUCAAGGACGCUGCUGAGGCGACGUUGUCGAGACAGCCCAUCUAUCGAACUGCAAUGCUUCCUUGUGACGAGGAUCUCUCUCCAUUCCUUCAGGUAGUAUUAACGCCAGAAGCAUGGCAGAGACUGAGUGGAAACUCGAGCUGGAUUGCUCAUAGGCUAGCCAGUGCUGACAGCACUUCUGGCGACCUGCAAAGUUGGCUGGAUCUGGCUGAAGAGACACUCAGUCUCGAGUCCCACAGAUUGUACCAUGUACAGAUCAUUGAACCUGAGGAGGCUGAGGGUGGUGCUCUUUUGAUCAUCAGCGCUGCUCACUGCAUCUGCGACGGUCCUUCACUUGAAGUACUGAUGACUGAUAUUGCUCGUCAAUACGCCAGCCUCGAGCCGCUUUCACGCCAAGGAAUAUACGAAGCCGUGUUUGACUGGGCCUUAAAUGUCAAUCCAGAGACAGACCAACUGUGGCAGAAGACUCUGGAAGGAUGGGAGACUGAGCCGCUCGGGGCCAUCAGCGGUAACAAUGUCAAGCCGGACUCAACAGAGACUCGUCAUCAUGCCAUGGUCCAACAUAUCAGUUCAAUUUCUUGGGAGCUUCUGGAGAGUCAGAGCAGGGCACUGGGAGGGUCUCCACUCACAAUCCUCCAAGCGUCGUGGGCCAUGCUUCUACACAUCUUAUCCGAGGCAGACACCGAUGACGUGACCUUUGGCAGCGUUCUUUCAGGUCAUGACCAAUUUGUCCAUGGUCUAACAUUCUCUGUUGUGCCUUGUCGGGUUGGCUUGCCCGAAGCGCAGACUCUCAAGCAACUCGUCAGCAGCCUGAUGCAUAAUUCCAGAUUCGCUCAAAGUCACAGACAUACAUCGUUCGGCGUCUUCAAGACACUCCCAUAUAACACCGCACUGGCCUUACAAGCAUACCCCCAGCCCGAAGCUGAUGGAGCAGACAAAGCACCUUUGCUUUGGACCGAUAUCUCCAAUCCCGCUAUACGCUACGACUUUGCCAUGUUUGCCGAGGUCUUUCCUACGAAUCCGAACUCGCCAGACAGGAAUGGGAGGUUCGAUGAUGUCGUCUUCAAGUUGACGUAUCGUGACGAGACAUUCUCAGACACUUCUGCAGCAUGCAUCGUCAAACAGUUUGCAGCACUCACUGAGACUAUCCUGAAGUCACUGCCUGAUGACCUGGUACAGAGUCUACCUGCAAGCAUCGACAGAAGCCUGCUGUCUGCCGAGGGGACCAUCCCCGUGGUAGAAGAAUGCUUGGACGAGACAAGUCGAGAGAAUCGUGAUAGAGCUCAACUGUUACAUGCUCAGUUCGAGGAUCAGGCUGCAUCAACUCCAGGUCUCUUAGCUCUGAGUUUCCACUCCUCACUCGACUCAGCUCCUAUCGAGAUGAGCUACGCAGAGCUUGAUGCUAGAGCCAACGGUCUAGCCAACAUAUUGCGUGAGCAAGACAUUGACAUCAUUCCCAUUUGCAUGGAGCGCAGUGUCGAGCUCUAUGUAGCUGUCUUGGCCAUUUUGAAGGCUGGGUCUGCAUGGUGUCCUAUUGACACAACGUCUCCUGUGCAAAGGCGAACGUCGCUCAUUGCUCGAGCGCAGAGUAAAGUGCUUCUCACAACCACUGAGUCGUUGCCUCUCGUAGAGCCUUGUCUCGCUCAAGACGCACUCAAAGAUGUUCAAGUCAUUCUUGUCGAUGAUUACAACGGCCACAAGUCCUCUGUUCGAGCCAAGCCCCGCAAUAGCGUCUCCAAGAUUACCGGACAAGAUUUGGCAUAUCUUCUAUGGACUUCUGGCACUACAGGAGAACCCAAGGGUGUCAUGAUUCAGCACAGCGCUGCGGCCCAAGCGAUGAGAGACCUGCAAGUCCUUGUCGAGCACGACGAUCGUGAGCAGGUUCGAACCCUGCAACUCUCCGCUUACAGCUUCGAUGUCUUUGUACAAGACCUGUUCUACACCUGGGGCUUGGCAGGAAGUGUCAUCAGCGGUACCAGAGAGCUGGUCUUGGGCACAUUCACUGAAUUCAUCUGGAAGUCUCGCCCAACUCACGCUCAUCUGACACCUUCGUUUGGAGCUAGUAUUGCGGUUCAGGAACUCAAGGGCUCAACCCUUCAGUACGUCACGUUUAUUGGCGAGAAGCUGACAGAAGACGUUGCUGAGGCUUGGGCGCAUCCUGACAUUACGACUCGUGCAUACAACACGUACGGCCCAGCUGAGAACGCCGUCGUCUCUACAAUGCGACAGUUCUUCGGCAAGAGUAGAGACACAGCUAAAGCGGCCAAUGUUGGCUAUCCCUUGGAUCACUGCACGGCUUACGCUGUUCGCGAGGUUGAGACUUCACAAGGUACGAAACGGUGGGAGCUUGUUCCUCGGUACGGAGUUGGCGAACUAGCCCUGGGCGGUGCACAAGUCGGCAAGGGAUAUCUUGCAAACGAGGCCAAGACUACCAAAGCAUUCAUCCAGGGAGGUCCAGGCAUCGACGAGCGUAUCUAUCUCACCGGAGAUCUCGUGCGAUUGAACGACCAUGGCUUUGAGUUUCUCGGUCGAAACGACGAUCUCGUCAAGAUUACUGGUAUCCGCAUUGAACUCAGUGAGAUCAGCGCAGCAUGUGCAAGUCUGAAGGAUGACGAUGCUGCGGUUGAACAUGUCGAGACAUUGUACCUCCAACGCCCGGGUGCAUCCGCUGGCAAUAACAACAAAGUCGUCGUCACGUUUGUCUCGGUCAAGACUGGCGAUGUUGACACUGCUGAGAUCAGAUCCCAGGUGUUCAAGCGGGCCAAAGACCUUUUGCCUGCUUACAUGGUGCCUGGUCACGUUGUUGUUCUGGAUACGACCAUGCCGAGAACUGCUUCAAACAAGGUUGACCGCAAGACGCUGCAGGCUAUCUACGCAGAGUCGGAUCUCAACGUGUUGGCUGGUAGAGAUGACUCGACACAAGCUCAAGGACAGAGGCACCAAACCCAGCAGCAGUGGACGAAGAACCAACUCUCCAUUCUUGAGACAAUCGCCGGACACUUCAACAUCCUAAUGGAGAACCUCUCCCCGGAUGACAGUUUGGCCGGUCUUGGUCUCAGCUCACUACAAGUUACGAAGCUUGCUUGGUUGUUGAGGCGAGAGCUCAAGUGUCAAGUUGGAGUCCUAGAUCUCAUGAGGUGUGACUCUCUGGGAGAGCUGGUCGAUGUCACGCUCAGCCGGAUGCCAGAGAAAGCUGAGGAGGAUGAACCAUCUGCCCAAACAAACGAGACAGAAACAUCAUGGCUCGCGUCCAUCAAGCAGAUUCUUACUGAUAACAUCAAGGGUGACAUGCGACCCUCUGAUACGCAGUACAUCCUACCAGCAACACCCAUGCAGGAGUCCCUCAUCGUCGAGACUAUGCUCGAGCCACAAGCUUACUGGGCGCAUCGCGUGUUUGAUCUCAGCCACUUGGACGAUCUCGAUGAACGUCAGCUGAAGAGAGCUUGGACUGCCGCAGCCAAGCGCUUCGAUAUCCUCCGAACUGUCUUUGUACCCUUGACUCAACUGGACGUAGAUGGCAGCGAUAACACAGUCUCGUGGGCUCGUGAGAAGGGUGUUCACUCUACGAUUCUCCAGUUGAUUCGAGGAACGCCAAGCUUGCACUGGUCUCAGAUUCGCUCCGAGGAGGAUCAAAGUCUCAGUGGACUGGCCAAGAAGUUGCAGCUUGGGCUGUCUCCAACAACUACCACCAAGACACCAUGGGCUGUCGUUUUUGUCGAGGACACCAAGAAGAUGAUGCUCAGUAUGCACCACGCCCUCUACGAUGCAGUGGCGUCUGAAGUUUUCCUGGAGACUGUCACGAAGUUGUAUAACAUGGAGUCUGUUGAGAAUGUAAGCCGAGUUUUGCAGUUUGAGAGUGGUCUCGGCCUUGGGCUGUUGCCGACUCCAUCCAAGAGAGAUGAAGCAGCUGCGCUAUGGAAUCGCCGAUUGGAUGAGAUCAGCAAAACGGCCACUGGAGGCACGUUGAAUGCGCCUUUCCCUGACCUCACUCAAUCCCGACAAAAACAGGUCCAGAAGAUUCUGAUGUCGAGGAAAGGCAUUCCUGUUCCAUUCCUUCAAUCUACUUCUACAGUUGCACUUCCAACACUACUCCAAUCCGCCUUUGGUUGUGUUCUCGCCUCAUACCUCGAACUCGAUGCCAUCGUACUCGGUCAUACUAUCUCACAGAGAGCCCUCCACCCAGAUCUCACUCGAGUUGUUGGUCCUGCAAUCGCCACGUUGCCUCUCAUUGUUCGCUCCAAUUCUGCUUCAGCGGAGGAACUGUGGAAGGAGAUGUCUACCGAGUCAGCACAAGUGUUCCAGAGUACACACAAUCUUCAUCCAGUGGAUGUCAAGAAAAUGCUCAAUCGAGGAAGCGGUAGUAGCAAUGCUCCAUUCCCAGGUCUUUUUGUGUACCAUCCCGCAUCAGAAGAUAACCAAGUGGAUGCUAGUCAGUCCAUGUUCAAGGAGGUUGGUCAGGCAUUGUCGCUCAACGUUGAGCAUCCACUAGCAUUGAACAUCUUUGAGGCCAACGGAACGAUUGAGCUCACUGGAGAUGGACGUCGCAUUUCUCAGGCACAGUUGGACCUUUUGCUAGACCAAAUCCUUGCCCAAGCGCGAGCCAUGGUCGAGGCCCCGAAAGCACCCUUGACUCAGCUCCAGAACAGAAUGAGUGAGAGCCUUCUGUCCAUCAGUGGUGAAGCUUUCACUGAAGAGACAGAAGCUACCAAUCCGACUCGAGAUGUUUCCUUCCACGCAUCCGAGCAUUCAGAUUGGGUCGCCGUUGAGGAAGUGAUGUUCCAGUCUAAGGAGGAUGACGAGGAGAUUGCUUCAAAGACCAUUACCUACGCCCAACUCGACAAGCUCACCAAUACCAUUGCUACAAGGCUGGUCCAGCAUGAGGCUCGUCUACAGCCUGAUGACCCUAUAGCUAUGUGUCUUGGUAGAGAUAUCAAGUCAUUAGCAGUCACUCUGGCUAUUUUCAGUGCUGGAUUCGUGUAUCUUCCUGUCGAUGAGGAUCUUCCUCCAGCUCGCAAACAGCUCCUCAUUCAAGAUGCGGGUGCCAAGCUUGUGAUAACAACCGACGAACUUGUCGGUGACUUGGGACUUGAUGAUGCCAGUGGCCCCCCUCUGCUGCUGCUCCCUGACACGAGUGAUGGCAUCGAUACCAUACUGUCGUGGCCUGUAUCUGAGAUCCCAUCAGCGACUGGUAUUGGCGGUUAUCUUCUCUACACCUCAGGCUCUACUGGUCGUCCCAAGGGUGUCCGAGUUUCCAACAGCAACCUCUGUCACUUCAUUUCUGCAUUCAGCACCCGAUUGGUUGAACACUCGCCCGCCACUGCAAGACUCGGCGGUGUUGGGAAGUAUCUCAACCUAACUUCCCGCGCUUUCGAUCCUCAUCUGACGCAGCUUUUCGUGCCCUGGCAUCUUGGUCAUCGAGUGGUUAUUGGAAAGGACCGCACAACCAUGAUGGCCAAUCUGAAGGAGCUGAUCAAUGAGUUGAAUGUGACGCAUUUCGGAUCUGUUCCCUCAGUGCUGAGCCAACUGAGGCUACGACCUGAAGAUGUUCCAUCUGUGAGAGUGGUCACAACUGGCGGAGAGAAGGCCUCGAAUGAGCUCUUGAACACGUGGGCUCAGACACAAGGGUCGCAGUCGGCAGAUGAUCGAGCUGUCCUCUUUAAUUUUUACGGCCCAACAGAAGUCACUAUUGGAUGUUUGGGCCAUGCUGUGCACCAAGACUCCAACGCUCGCAAUCUUGGACUUCCUCUACAAGGUCUUGAAGCUUUGCUCCUAUGUCCCAACAACGAUGGUGAAAGUCUUGUCAUUGCUAGAAGAGGCCAACCAGGUGAGCUCUGCAUCGCUGGUCCUCAGGUGGCAAUGGGCUAUCUGAACCGUCCUAUCGAACAGUCCAAGAGCUUCCAGACUAUCUCUCUCCCCGACGGCAGCAGCAAGAGAGUCUACCGAACUGGUGAUAUGAUGAGGAUGAUGAACGACGGCUCACUCGAGUUCCUUGGCAGAGCUGAUCAGCAAACCAAGAUUCGAGGACAGCGACUUGAGUUGGAUGAGGUCGUUGGCUUCCUCAAGCAGGUUGCAGGUGAUAAGCGUGACUUGGACUUUGCAGCGACGGUUGCUUCUACAGGAGAUGAUAGCUCAAGCCAGCAACAACAGCUGCUGGGUUUCAUAGCUAGGAAGACCAGUAGGCCAAAGGGUCUGGCUGAACAAGAGGUUGAGUUGCUUGGACUCCAAGAUCAGGAGUCAACUUCACUACUCGAGAUGAUCGAGCACGAGUGUCAACAAAAACUCCCUGCUUUCAUGGUACCAACGCUUGUUUGGGUCUCCAAGAUCCCAUACCUCGCCGCCUCUGGCAAGGUUGAUACCAAGAUCUUGGCGCGUUUAGCGAAGGACUUCCUAGCUACUCAACAAGAUCACGAUGGGGAUGGCAAUAACUCUGGAGUCGCGCUUGGAUCGACGACCAACUUGAGUGCGAAGGAAUCGAUCGUUGUUGCGGCUAUGGAAGAGGCCGUCGGUGGCAGUGUCAAGGCGUCGAGCACCAGCAGCAUCCAUCGUCUUGGUAUCGACAGUCUUUCCGCAGUGAACUUAGUCUCUCUUCUAAGAAAGCGUGGCUUUUCCCAGUUGAAGAUGACGCAUCUCCUGUCUUCAUCGUGUACAGUUGCAGAUAUCGCACGACUUGCUGAUGAACACGAGAGCAGUAGCCCUACGAACAGCACACCUCUCUCAACACCCCCAUCCACGGACGAUCGACAAACACCGACUUUCAACAUGUCAGACCUCGGCCCCCUUCCUGAUGGUCUUCAUGCAGACAACAUCGAAGCUGUCCUUCCUUGCCUACCUCUCCAGUCCGCUCUGAUCACUCGCUCUCUCGUUUGGCUCAGUGUCUUCAGUGAAAGGGAGAACGCCGAGGGACAUGAUGUUCCAUACGUAGCACAAUUCAGCUACCGUCUUGGUCGCGGCACAGACGUCAACAAAUGGAAGAAGACAGCUGAAGCGGUCAUUGCCUCGGAAGCAAUGCUCCGAACCUGCUUCCUUCAACGUGAAGAUGACGGCCAGAUCUUCCAGGUCGUUCUUCGAUCGUUGCGAUCUUCUCCUCUAGAUGAUCAUGGGCACCCAGCGGAUAUUGUGUCUAAGAUGAAUGUCCGACCUCCCAUCCGAUUACAAUUUUCUGGCAGUGAAGGAGACGAGAUCACCGUGUCACUCAAGAUUCAUCAUGCAUUGUUUGACGGUGUUGCUAUCGAUGCACUCAAGAACAAACUUGAAGCGGCAUACAAGAGUCAUAUGUCCUCACUUGCUGCAACCAACAGCUUAGCAACUUUGUCAAGCAUUUCAAAUCACUGCGACCUAUCGAAUGAGCAACUCGAGGUUACAAGACGCUCGUGGCAACAACAACUACAGGGCGUUCAACCAUGUCGCGUUGGAACUAUUGAUGACAACAACACAAGUGGUACCAUGGCUCGUCAGACUCUCUGUCUUGGGUACACGACUUCUGAGCUCAACGCUAGGCUCAAAACUCACUCCCCAGUACCUGGAGAAACAGUAUCAGCAUCGUCCGCUUUCCAGUUGGCUGUCACCUUAUGCCUCGCCCAACUCACAAAGCAGCCAUCUGUUGUCUAUGGUUUCAUCAUGUCACUCCGACCAUUACUAGAUGGAGUUGCCAACGGCGUUGACAGCUUUAUUGGCCCAUGCCUCAAUACUCUCAUUCGAGUCGCUACCAUCAACAGCCUCAGUGAGACUCUACCCCAACUGGCUCAAAGAGUUCACAAAUCUCACCUUGAUGUCUGCCAAGGUGCAAUGCCGCUCGUCAGCGUCGACAAGGUCCAGCUCUGGUCUGGAUCGGAGGGCAAGCUUUUCGACAGUCUGCUGAGUAUCAAUAUCGUGCCUGGCAGUGAAGAGGCCAGUGACACCGAACCAGGACAGAUGACCGCUUUACCAACUCGUAGCAGUAGCGACAUGGCUUUGGCGUUUGAUGUGGACCUUCACGCUGAUGGAAAGAUCAUGUUGACACUUUCUUCCGCUGGAGCAUUGAACGCGGAGCAGCUCAACGAUAUUGGUCGACUUUUCGAGAAGGUUGUGUACAGCUGCGCUGACAAGACCAUCAGAGUGUCGGAUGUUGUUACUUCACCUCUCACUGCAAAGACUGUAUCAGAUCAAGUCCCCAAUGGCCUUCGAAGCGAUAGCACCUCAGCUGAUACACCUGGGGGAAGUUACGAUCAGACACUCGCUGACGUACAAGCUAUUCUCAGUCGCUUCAUCCACCUCAAUCCGUCUGAGUUGUCUUCCAAGCCAGACUCAACGUCAUUGUACCAGCUGGGCCUUGACUCCAUCACUGUUCUCCCAUUUGUCAAGUCGAUCAACAAGUCGCACAAAAUCAAGCUGUCUUCGCACGCCGUGAUCAAAGCACGAACGAUUAAAGGCGUUGCACAGCUACUGCAGGAUGCAAAGGCCAAGUCUGCUUCAGCUAACAGUGUCAACUCUCACCCCAGCAGCGAGCGUACCAGUAGCAAGCUGAGUGAGACUGAGAUCUAUGACAGUAGGCUUGAGCGUCUAGCCAAGAGUCUUAUGUUCAUUGCAACGCCACUCCAAGAGGGCAUGCUCAGCGCAUCUUUGGCCACUGGAGGCGAUGCAUACACCUAUGUUCAUGCCAUCCAGCUGUCUGACCAUGCUCUUGCACAUGAUACCCCUAGUCUUGACAAGUUUUUCGCUGCUGCGAAAGACACGGUUCAAGCAUGUGAGAUCCUCAGGACCCGAUUCAUUUUCACUGAUGACGAUGAGUCACCAUGGGUUGGUAUUGUAUCUCCCACCGAGCAAAGCGACCGCGUCAGUUGGGAGGUUCAGCCAACAGUGCCCGGUAGAGUGCAUUUGCGAAUCCAUCAUGCUCUCUAUGAUGCAACUUCUAUCCAGUCUGUCUGGAGUAUCCUCCAAGACUACUACCAUCGACGCCUCAACAAUGGCCUCUCUGGUGGUUUUGGCGAGCCGAGGCAUCUGUACAGGCCGUUUGCAAGAACUGUCGCCUGUUCGCAAAGGGCUUCAAUUUCCUACUGGACAGAUGCCGUUCGGGACUACACGUACACACCACUCGACUUCCCCAGCAAUGAUCUCAGAGCAUCAUCUGCCGUUCAUUUCAGCUUAGACACGAGUGAACUGUCGCUUCUCCAGUCCAAAUGCCGGGAUCUCGGCGUGACCAUCAAAGCAGCACUUCAGUUGUCUUGGGUCAAGGUCAUGUGUGAGUCCCUCUACAGACAAGCUGACGUCGUGUAUGGAGAAGUGGUUUCGGCUGAUGCCGAUGACGAUACUGCCAUUGUUGGCCCCGCUAUCAACACGGUGCCCUUGAGAGUGAAACUAGGUGACUCCGACGGUUGCGUCAAUGUCUCACAGGCUUUGACACUUGUACAGAAGCAGAUCGACAGUGCAAGAGGCACCAAUUCAAUGGCUUCGCUGAGAAAGAUCCAGACGUUCUGGAGAUCAGGACACGAAAAGGCAAAUAUACCGGCAACACUGUUCCAAAGUCUGUUCGUAUUUGACGGAGUUCUUGGUUCUUCACAUACCAGUGAUGACUCGGAGAAGCUGUUCAAGUCCGUGCAGACUGGAGAUGCUGGCGCGACUGGGCCAGCCUAUGAUGAUUACCCUCUCGUCGUGAGCUUCCAUAUCAGGGACAAUAUCCUUAACGGAAAGCUGAGGGCCAAGUUGCCCCAAGAGCAGGUUGAUUCACUCGGCAAGAAUCUGGUUGCAGCCCUGGACCAUGUUCUUCAUGGACUUGACGCGCCUGUAGUUGACACCAAGUACCUUGACCCAGUCAAGAUUGCGCCGCCUCAAGAAGAGACGAAAAGCGAUCCGACUGAGCCUGAUAUGAAUGGCCUGACUCCAACAGCCGAUGCAGCAUUGAAGCUUGUGGAGACGGUUAUAGGGACAAGGCGAGGUGGAAAGAAAAUCGGUUACAGCACGAGACUGAUCAGCGUUGGUUUGGACUCGAUAUUAGCCAUACGACUAUCGAAGCUUCUGAAACAGCAACUUAGACUCAGUGUCAGCGUCUUUGAGAUCAUGAAGGGCGCCAGUGUUCGCGACAUCAUCCGACGCCCAGCAUCUUCGCGCAAGCCAACGACAAAUGGUACUCAACAUCAACUAGAGCCUCUUCAGGAAGGUUUAAAGUUGACAAUAGCCAAGACCCUUGGACAGCCAGAACAUCUCAUCCAGUCUAUCAUUCCUGUCUUACCUGGUCAGCGUUCUCACCUUGAGCUUUGGUUGCACAACGGGAAGAGGUUCUUCGAGCCCCCGUGGGUUUACAGACUUCCCGAGACCUUCGACCAGGAACUACUUGCGGCCUGCUGGUCUGCGCUUGUCAAAACUCACGAUGUUCUCCGAACCACAUUUGCAUCUGGAACGACCCCUGCGGAGCUAUACCAAGUCACUCUGUCAGAGCAGUGGCCAGCCCAAUCACGCUUCAUAGCCCUGCAAGACGCAACGAAGACUGUGGAAGAGUUGAUCGCGGAGCAUGUGAACCAAGAAAAUGCCAAGGCAUCUGACUUGAAGGAGCCUCCAGUCCGCCUCUCUUUCCUAGAAGCUGCAGACGGUAAAGCGGUUGUCUUGAGACUCCAUCACGCACUUUAUGACGCAUGGAGUAUCAAGAUGAUUGAAAAGGACCUCAACACUCUUCUCAGCGGCUACCAGAUUCGAGACACUCGUCAGUCAUUGGAGCAAGUGGUCCAGAGUAUCAGAGGAAUAAGACAACCGGACGCCGAGGAAACAUACUGGAGGCGCCAUCUUUCCGGUGCCCAGGAAACAGUAUUGGGUCGCAACGUUGAGCAUACUAUACAAUCUUCACUUGGCCCGCAGUUCAAGACGACCUCCAAUAUCGUCCCGCAGAAUAGCAUCAGGUUGCUGUUACAGAAGAGCAGCUCACAAGUCUCUGCAGCUCUCAUUCUCUCCUACGCAAGAACGCUACAGCACUUCACUCAACGAACAAGGCCUACCUUUGGUCUCAACCAUGCUUCUCGAUCUCUUUCGUCACCUGAUGGGAUGCAAACUCUCGAUCUGACUGCUGCGAGCAUCCCGACUCUUUCUAUGACGCCAUUCUCUGUCGACUUGGAGUCGUCGACUCAAAAUCUACUUGGCUCCAUCCAGGACCAUCUCGCACAACUCAAUUGCUUCAGUCAGGCAGAUGGCAUUCGGAAGCUCAGUCCCAGGUUCAACUCGUAUUUGAACAUCAUCCACCGCAGCGAUCAUACAACAGACGAGAAUUGGAACGUCGUGGAAAGACCUAAAGCUUUGGGGAGAUAUAAGCUCCCUGAGCCACUCGCUUCCGACUACUUCACCGCUACAGAACCGUCAUCUACAAUUUCUACUAUUGAGGGACUUGACACGGCCCAUUUGCCUGAUCAUCAUUUCUUUUUCAAUGUCAUCAUUGGCGAAAGUUGUGGUAUUACUAUGUCUGCAAGUGGCGAUGAAGCACUUUUUGGAGGAGAUCGUGAUAGGGUUGUUGAUUUGGCGGACCAUUUCCUUGAUGAGCUUUCCCGGGUUUUAGAGCGAGAGGGUUGA